AUGUUGGCAAGCAACUGGACAAGACUCAGCGCCUUUGUUGCGCUCCUCCCGGCGCUGGCUUCUGCCAUCCCGGCACGCGACUUCGACCUGGACGCAGCAAACCUCUUCUCGCGCGACUACAUCCAGCCGGACGUGGACAACACCAAGGCGUACCCCUUCUCGUUGACCAAGCAGCCCGACUCGUCAAGAUGGCCCAAGGGACUGCACUUUGCCGUGGACUACUACCCGGCGCAAUGGCCCGAGUUCCUGUGGGAGGAUGACGCAGCCAAGAUGGCGAACGCCACGCUGUCGUAUGCGCGUAUCAGCGAGUUCGACUGGGCUAUCCUCGAGCCCACCGACGGCACGUACGACUGGUCGCUGCUCGACAACUCCAUCGAGGCUCUGCACAAGCAGGGUGUCAAGGUGAUCCUCGGCACACCUACUGCUACGCCUCCCAUCUGGGCGGUCAAGAAGUACGACAUCCUCGGCGCCGAUGCACAGGGCCGCGUGCGCAAGUUCGGUUCGCGACGACACUACUCGACGUCUUCUCCCGACUACCGCAUGCUGUCGAAGCGAUUCGUCGAGGCGAUGGCCAAGCGAUACGGCCAGCACGACGCGGUGGUUGGCUGGCAGAUCGACAACGAGCUUGGCUGCCACGGCACGGUGCGCACGUACGACAACAACGCCCGCACCCGCUACCAGCAGUGGCUUGCGGACAAGUACAACAACAACAUCACGCUGUACAACGAGAUGGAGGGCCGCGUAUUCUGGUCCUCGACCUAUCAGUCGUUCGACCAGGUCGAUCUGCCCAUGCUCGAGGUCACGGAGAGCAGCCCCGCGGGUCGUCUCGACUUCUACCACUUUUCGUCGGACAUGACCAUCGAGUAUGCCAAGAUGCAGGUCGACAUCAUCCGCAAGCACUCGGACAAGGCGAUCACUACCAACUUCAUGGGCGCCUUCCUCGACUUUGACCACUUUAAGCUCGCUCGCGAGACGGGCCUCGACCUCGCCACCUGGGAUUCGUAUCCGUUGGGCAACACGGAGCAGUUCGCUUGGAUUUCGGAUUCGGACAAGGUCAAAUACGGCCGAACCGGCACGCCCGACUUCCAGGCCCUUCACCACGAUCUCUACCGUGGUGUAGCAGGUGCUGCUUACAACAAGACCGCUGGACCUUUCGGUAUCAUGGAGCAGCAGCCCGGCCCGGUGAACUGGGCGCCUUACAACCCCUCUCCGAAGCUCGGGAUGGUGCGUCUGUGGCAGCACGAGACGUUUGCGCACGGUGGUAGCAUGUCGAACAUCUUCCGAUGGCGCGAGGUUCCGUUCGCACAGGAGCAGAUGCACGCUGCCAUGCUGCGACGAGACAAUGUACCGGACCACGCCUACCUCGAGCAGCAGCAGGUUGUGCACGAGGAUCUGCCCAAGAUGAUGAGCCUGUUCGAGUCGAACGACAGCCAGAAGCGCGACGUUGCCGACAAUGCACCGGUGCAGACCAAGACCGAGGGCCAAGCGGAUGUGGCGCUGGUGUUCGACUAUGCGGCUCAGUGGCUGAUGGAGGCGGAGCCUCAGUCCGGCACUUGGAGCGUCGACAUGGAGGGCUUCGAGAGUCCGUCGAUGCAGUACUUCCCGCUGGUGCUCAACUGGUACUCGGCACUGCGCAGGCUCGGCCUGAACGUCGACGUGGUCGGCCCUUCGACGCCGCUCGAGGGCUACAAGAUGGUGGCGGUGCCCAGCAUGCCCAUCCUCAGCAAGGAAUUCGUCGAGACCUGGUCGAACUACAAGGGCGUCUCGGUGUUCGGCCCUCGUUCGGCGUCCAAGGUGGCUGCGCUUUCGAUUCCGGAUGGCCUUCCUCCGAGCAACGGUCCCGUGCGCGAUGUGCUUCCGAUGAAGGUGACACGUGUCGAGACGAUCAAGGAGGGCUUUGGCGACAUGAUCUCCUAUGGCGGCCAGCAGUACAACGUUUCCGGCUGGGUCGAGUGGAUCGAGUGCGAGCGCGACGGCAAGAACGCCUCGGUCUCGAUCGAUCAGUCGGCAACCUACUACGGCUACCGCGAUGGUGCCCCCGCCACGUGCGGCAACAAGGAUGGCGACAAGCAGACGCACUACGUCUCGGCAUACACGCCCGUCGAGUUCCUGGUCUCGUACCUCGGGGACAUUGCUGGCAGCGCCGGCGUCAAGACGCUCUUCGGCGAGAUGCCACAGGGAAGCAAGACGGACCUGGGCAAGGACCUGCGCUUCAGGAGGAACGGCAACGCACUCUGGGCCUUCAACUACGGCCCCGACGAGGUGGAGCUCCCCGCCGCACCCGAGGGCGCCACGCUGCUCGUCGGCGGAGAGAACGGCAAGAUCGGCGCCACCGGCGUGGCUGUCUGGAGCCUCGACCUCCCGACCAGAGCCACGACAGCGAAUGACCUCGCCAGCAUCGCUCGUCACUCGCACCUCUCUCGCUGGGAAGCCGCCGUCAAGAUGGCGAUCAAUUUCGAGGUGACCACGCUCAACCUCCUGUGCACCUCGUUCGGCCUCUUCUUUGUGGCGUACGGCACCUUCUCCUACCUCAUCAAGGAGAGGCUCUACCUGGGAGAGGCGCCGCUCGCCGUGCUCAUCGGCAUCUGUCUGGGCCCCUAUGGUCUGGGCGGCAUCUUCAACUGGGCGUCCAAGGAGGUGGAUGUCGACGAGAUCUCGCUCGGCCUCUGCCGCGUGGUGAUCGGCAUCCAGCUCACGCUCGUGGGCGUACAGCUGCCGUACAAGUAUCCGUGGAUCGAGCUGCGCAGUCUCGUGGUGCUGCUCAUCCCCAUCAUGACCGUCAUGUGGCUCGCCACCACCUUCUGCAUCUGGCUCGUCAUCCCUUCGCUUCCGUUGCUGGCCGGCCUUGUGCUUGCUACUUCGGCCACACCCACCGAUCCCGUGCUGUCCAACGCCAUCGUCAAGGGCGCCUUUGCCGAUCAGUACGUAUCGCCUCGGCUGCGCAACCUCAUCUCGGCAGAGAGCGGCGCCAACGACGGAUUCGGCUACCCCUUCCUCUUCCUCGCCGUGCACCUCAUCAAGCUCGACUCCACCACCCAGGCGCUCACCCGCUGGCUGUUUAAGACGUGCGUCUACACCGUCGGCGGCGCCAUCGUCUACGGCAUCCUCGUCGGCUACGUGUGUCGCCGUCUCAUCGAGUUCUCCACCGACCGCAACCUGAUCGACAAGGAGAGCUUCCUGCUGUUUGGUGCGGCCAUGGGCGUAUUCAUCAUCGGCUCUGGUGGCGUGCUGCAGAUCGAUGACCUGCUUGCCGCCUUUGUCGCGGGCAAUGCGCUUUCCUGGACCGACUUCUACCGCGAGCAGUGCGAAGAGUCCGAGGUGGAUAACUGCCUGGACCUGCUGCUCAACCUCGUCUUCUUCAGCUUCCUCGGCGCCACGAUUCCAUGGGAUGCGUUCAACGACCCGGACAACGGCAUCACGCCCGCCAAGCUCGUCUUCAUGUGCGUGCUCGUGCUGCUGCUGCGAAGGCUACCCGCUAUGAUCGCGUUCUACCGCUACGUGCCCACGCUGCAUGACGUGGCAGAGGCGUGCUUCGUGGGCUACUUUGCGCCCAUCGGUGCCGGCGCGUUGUUCUACCUCGGCGUGAUUCUGGACGAGUUCAAGCCGGAUGAUCCGUCGCCUGUGGCGAUGCGCAUUCGCGUGCUGGCCAAGCCCAUCACAUACGCGCUCAUAUUGUCGUCGAUCAUCGGCCACUCGCUCGCCAUCCCGCUCGUCAAGAUCGCGUUCCAGUACCUCGACGUCAAGUCGAUCAAGCUCGAUGGCGAGUCGGACGCAGGUGAUGACGAGGACAAGGAGGAUGAUGGCGCGCAGGAUGGAUCCGAGGCGUCGGUGGGUGCAGAACACCAGCAUGCACACGCGCAGCCGCGCGAAUACUCGCGUCCCGGUCGCAGCCGUCACGAGGACGAGUCGGACUACGAAGAGGGCGACCAUCCCGACUCGCGCUACUCGCUGAGUGGGACGGACUCGCGCCGCAGCUCGCGCGUGGACGAUAGCGAGCAUUCUGAAUCGUACCGGCACUCGAGCGUUCACCGGCCCGAGAACAGGCGUCGAUCGAGCUACCGCGACGAUGCCGAGGUGCACGGCGCAUACCACGUGGAUGGAUCCUGGGACGACCGUGCCUCGUGGCGUGUGUCGAGCGGCCACAAGCUGGGUCCGCACCACCAGCUGCGCCGAGACGAAUCGGGACAACUCGUCCUCGAGCCACGCUUAUACACGCUCGACCACGGCGCACCGCUGCACCCAUCGCGAAGACGCAGAAGAGGCAGAAGCACAAGUCGUACCGCCAGGCCCACCAGCACAGUUUCGUGCAGCGACCACGAGGCCGAUCCCGACGAACACCAGAGCUUGCUCGAACAGGGCCGUGCCAGUCUCGGCGCGCACCGUUCCUCCUACGGCGGCACCUCCAACCGCUGA